GGGUCGCCCGGCUGUGGACUCACGUGUUCACGUAGGGAGAGUCGCCGAGUCUCAGACCCGGGUUUGUGCAGUGGGUGUGUGGCGGCUCAACACUCUAGUUGCAGGCCGAUUAGUCUCAGUUGUGGGGAAAAAAAACACAAAUCAACGAUGCUCCGUUUACCGUCUGCUCUGCGCCAAGCGAGGUCCGCGUCUCGGCUCCUGGCACCUGGUCUCAGCCGAACCUACGCUAAGGACGUGAAGUUCGGGUCUGAAGCCCGGGCUAUGAUGCUGAAGGGUGUCGAUCUUCUGGCUGACGCCGUAGCUGUUACUAUGGGACCAAAGGGUCGAACCGUCAUUCUUGAACAGAGUUGGGGAAGUCCUAAAGUAACAAAAGAUGGAGUGACAGUGGCCAAAGCAAUUGAUCUAAAAGACAAAUACCAAAAUAUUGGUGCAAAGCUUGUCCAAGAUGUUGCCAACAACACAAAUGAAGAAGCAGGUGACGGAACGACCACUGCAACUGUUCUUGCAAGAGCUAUCGCUAAAGAAGGAUUUGAAAAGAUCAGUAAAGGAGCCAAUCCUGUUGAAAUUAGACGAGGUGUGAUGCUUGCUGUAGAUACAGUAAUUAAUGAGCUGAAAAAAAUGUCCAAGCCAGUUACAACUCCAGAAGAAAUUGCUCAGGUGGCAACUAUUUCAGCCAAUGGAGAUAAGGAUAUUGGUGAUCUUAUCUCUGAUGCAAUGAAAAAGGUUGGACGUAAGGGUGUCAUAACUGUCAAGGACGGUAAAACACUUCAUGAUGAGCUUGAAUUAAUUGAAGGAAUGAAAUUUGAUCGAGGCUACAUCUCGCCUUACUUCAUCAACACAGCUAAAGGACAGAAAUGUGAAUUCCAAGAUGCAUACAUUCUACUCAGCGAAAAGAAAAUCUCGAAUGUGCAGUCAAUUGUGCCAGCCUUGGAAAUUGCAAAUACACAUCGUAAACCUCUGGUUAUUGUUGCUGAAGAUAUUGAUGGAGAAGCACUUAGCACAUUAGUGUUAAAUAGGUUGAAGGUUGGCUUGCAGGUUGUUGCUGUUAAAGCUCCUGGAUUUGGUGAUAACAGGAAGAACCAACUAAAGGACAUGGCCAUUGCCACUGGUGGUACAGUAUUUGGAGAUGAGGCGAUCGGCCUCAACGUGGAAGACAUCCAGGCUCAUGACUUCGGUAAAGUUGGUGAGGUGGUGGUCACCAAAGAUGAUACCAUGCUGUUGAAAGGAAAGGGUGACAAGGCUGAAAUUGAAAAGCGCAUUGAGGAAAUAACAGAAACAUUAGAUGUUACCACAAGCGAAUACGAGAAAGAAAAGCUAAAUGAAAGGCUGGCUAAGCUAUCAGAUGGUGUGGCAGUGUUGAAGAUUGGUGGCACCAGUGAUGUUGAGGUGAAUGAGAAGAAAGACAGAGUAACUGAUGCACUUAAUGCUACUCGAGCUGCUGUGGAAGAGGGUAUUGUUCCUGGUGGUGGAUGUGCUCUACUGCGGUGUAUCCCAGCACUGGAAGCUCUCAAACCAAUUAAUGAGGAUCAAAAAGUUGGAAUUGAAAUUGUUAGUAAGGCUCUGAAAAUACCUGCCAUUACAAUUGUCAAGAAUGCUGGAGCUGAAGGAAGCCUAAUUGUAGAAAAAAUCUUGCAGAGUCCACCAGACAUUGGCUACGAUGCAAUGGCUGGAGAAUUUGUUAAACUGGUGGAAAAAGGAAUUAUUGAUCCCACAAAGGUUGUAAGGACUGCCUUGAUGGAUGCAGCUGGAGUUGCUUCCCUCCUAGCAACAGCAGAAGGUGUAGUGACAGAACUUCCAAAAGAUGACAAAGCACAAGGAAUGGGGGGUAUGGGUGGCAUGCCUGGAGCAGGUAUGGGAGGUGAUAUGUUUUAAUGUCCUUGCUGCAGGAUUUUCAAUGACCUAAGGUGACUGACUGUAGUAUGGGUUUCGGUUGAAAUACUGCUGCACUAAAAGACGAGACACGGGGCUAUGAACCAAGUGUUGCAGAAACUGGGUCUGUCAUUGAAAUACUUGUAAUUAAGUUAGGAGCUCAGUUAGGCUGUGCUGGAUCUCAUAACUUGUUUACUGCCCACAUUGUCAGUGCUAAGAAUUGUAAUUUAUUUUGUAUUCUGAAUAAAAUCAACAUUUGUACAUUCCUGGAAGUACUGAAUGUGAAGACAUUACUAUUGAUUUUAUUGUAACAGUAUUGUGCUGACAAUUGUUUAAAGGCACAGGUAAUAAAUGAUCAAGGGAGGUUUUCUGUGAAAAACAAGACUGAUCUGUAUGCCAUCCAGUACAGUACAAGAUCAUGUAACAUUGCCUUAAAUAAAAGCAGAUAAGUUUUA